UAUCAAAUAAUGUGCGAGUAUGAACGAGUUACUGCAAUAUUACGUCGUGUAAUCGUGUGUUGAUCUGUUUCGUGAGUCGUGAAGCUGGUGUGGUCGGGUCGGGGGUGUCUACACAUCUACAGUGUAACGAAGCACAGCUGAUUCGCGGAGGCGACAGGCGCGAUAGCUCGAAGGAAAUGAUUGAUAGUUGAUACGGGCUGGCACGGUUAGUCAUCAGCAGGAGACCGUGUAGUCGACGGCGUCCGAUAAUUUGUGAAAAAGUCGUGCUAGUUCCGCAACUGCGUCAAAUGAUCACCAACAGAAAUCCAUUGUUCGGUUCUCUUUGUGAUUCUUAAGAUACGCGAGAGAUAACAACCUUGUUUUUGUUCCGAGUUUUUGUGCCACUCGAUUUUACGCGAGUUCAGUGUUGUUUACAUGGGUAAAUCCUGAAAAGGUCUGGUUUUGAUGGGCGUUUCGGCCUUCGGGACCUCCGAAUUACGUGCCGUCUAUGGUGUCUAACUGUAUUUUUGGGUCCCUGAUAGAUGGACAUGGCAACAAACAGAAAUGCAGCGGCCCAGAGGCCAAACGGUGCUCCACAGACCAAAGUGUGUCAGUUCAAGCUAGUGCUGCUGGGCGAGUCGGCAGUGGGCAAGUCCUCGCUGGUGCUGCGCUUCGUCAAGGGGCAGUUCCACGAGUACCAGGAGAGCACCAUCGGCGCCGCCUUCCUCACGCAGACGCUCUGCCUCGACGACACCACAGUCAAGUUUGAGAUAUGGGACACGGCGGGGCAAGAGAGGUAUCACAGUUUAGCGCCCAUGUACUACAGAGGAGCGCAAGCGGCAAUUGUAGUCUACGACAUCACUAAUCAGGACACAUUCGGGCGUGCGAAGAACUGGGUGAAGGAACUGCAGAGACAGGCGUCCCCGUCCAUCGUGAUCGCGCUCGCGGGCAACAAGAGUGACCUGGCCGCCAAGCGCAUGGUGGAGUUCGAGGAGGCGCAAGCCUACGCGGACGAGAACGGCCUGCUCUUCAUGGAGACCAGCGCCAAGACUGCCAUGAACGUCAACGACAUAUUCCUAGCUAUCGCGAACAAGUUACCAAAGAGCGAGAGCGUGGGCGGCGGCGCGGCGGGCGGCGCGCGUCGCCUCAACGACGCCGACGCGCCGCGCGCCUCCUCCUGCUGCAAGUGAUACCCGCAGACGAAAUCGCAACAGGGCGAGGGCGCGCGCGGGGGUUGAGGUAGGCUAUUGUAACGAAUUGUAUCGCGCGCCACUUCCGCGUCCUGCUACUAAUAGACACUAUACACAUACAUUCUGUUCCGAUGGACAAACAUUGGUCGUAGUACCUUGGUCACGUUGGCCCAACUUGGCCGUCUAGCGCAACGUACUAAGCCACGUUGGCCCGACUUGGCCGUCAAGUGCAACGCUGUGUUCCCAACUAUCAAUUGGCCAAUCAUUUACAUUGGUAACUAGGCCAAGAUUAGCUUAGCUAUUAGUAAGCUUGGCCACCAAGCGCAACUUUAUGUUCUCAACUAUCAGUUGGCCAAUUAUUAUUAACGCUGGUAACUUGGCCAAGACUAGGUUAGUUCAUCAGUAAUAUUUUAUAGUUUGGUCAAACAUUGCCUUAACCUCUGGUUUCGUAGAAUAAUAGUGCCGUCUAAAGAUAAGAAUUUGACGCCGAUGUCUCGAUGUCAAAAGCUUACCAGGAAACUACGCCAUUUUGUUGUAGAAACUGUUUCAGUGAUGUCAUUCGACGCUGUGCAGUGGCCGUUCGGUGAAGGUACUGUUGAUCUAAGAAACUAGAGUUUUAGUAACUUGGCCAAGAUUAGUACCAAUAUAUGUACAUCUGCUAUAUGUCCGCUUUAUAUAAAUUCCAUUUGAUUGGCUCCAAUAACUUGGCCAACUUUGGUUAGUCAGUUGGCUUCAUUGAGUCAUAAUGAAAAUUGGUCUACCCAAUAUUGGAUAGAACGUUGGUUAAAUAUUUUAUUAUGAUUGGCCAAAAAUUUGCUCCAAUGCUGUAUAUGGAAGGGAAGAUAUUUUGAUUCUUUAAUGAAAUUGUUUCAAUAAAAAUAUAUUUUUAUUUAUUUUUUAUAAUUUUUAGGAUAAAUAGGGAGAGGGCGUAUACUAUCGUAAUUUGUAAAAUAUUUUUUAUUAUUUCGUGUAAUCUAUAAAAGCUCUUAAUAUAAUUUUAUAUUUUUUUAUUUAACUAUUGAUCGAAGUGUGCAAGCGUUACCACAAAAUGGCGCCGAUUCUGUUCUUUCUCUAAACUAAAUUUAGAGUAUCUGCAUCCUUCUCCUUUGAAUAUUGCUAAAAAAGGACGGAACAUGAAUUUCACAUUUAAAGACUCUAAAUUUUAGAGUACGCUACAAAUUUAAACAACAGGCUCACGACUGGCAGCUAAAGUCACGAGGUUUGACAGCUCUAAAUUAAGUUUGAAACCGUUAAACUGUAUCUGUCAUUAGUUAGAAGAGGAUGCGAAUACUCUAAUAUUAAAUGUCAAUCAGUACCAAUAUAGAGAUACAGUAGGAUUUCAAUUUAUUGGUGGCUGAGAGGUUAUGGCGGUUUCAGAUUAGCGUGUUUUUUUGCUCUUUUUUGCACCCGCGUAUGGGCGCGCGCCUUUUGUCGGACGCGCAUCUCGGACGAUCGUAAACACGCUUAUAAAAUCGCAUACGUGCGAGUAAAGAGCAGAUACAGUAGCGAGCUCUAGUGUGUACGCGUGAAAUCUUCACUCUCGGCGUCUUCACUCUAAGCUUGAAAUCUGUAGAGCGCACGUUGACAUGGCUUAGACUUAAGUUUCAGUUAAAACGAGACAGAUUUAUGCCGGCGGUAUAACGCUGUCUCGUUUUAAUAGUAUCUUAAGUCUGAGCAAAGUCAAAGUGCUAUAGAUCUCAGCCUAAUGGUGUACUCAUUAGCGAGAUGUAUCUGAAACCAAUCAGAUACAGAUUGUAGCAUGUUGUUAUUCCAGCAUAAAACAGCCUUUACGGCAAGUUCAGCCGGCAUUUGGCUGACUUAGGCUGACAUUUUGUGGUAAUCCGGUUACUUCGGGCAAAUUGUUUUAUUUAACUAAGAGCUGAUUUUUCGAUCGCUGCAUAAACUUUAAAUCACGAAUUAAGUUUACGUAUUGUAAGAUUUCCUGUACAAUAUUGUUGAAGCCUCUUUAUUCCUCAAAGUUAUUUGAAGAUUGAAAAAUCGGCUCUAUGUAUGUUACGUUGUAUAAUUCUUGCGAAAUCAAAUUUAUAUUAUUAAUUGUGCUUUAUCGACUAAUAAGUUAUAUUAAUGAACUAUUUUUACAUCAAAUUAUAAUAAGUUACAAUUAUUGGCGUCUAGUAAAAGUACUCCGAAUAAACUUGCGUAGUGGAUAAUUUACCGUUCUGUUAAGUAAGACAGAUGGCGGGGGUGUCCGUUUCGCAACACUAUCAGUCGAUCUUUCGCUUCUCGCGCUGUAGGAAAGUAAAGUACUAAUGCGCAGACAUCCUCUUUACUAUCGUCCAGAGUUCUUUUCACUUGACGCCAACUGCACCUUAGGUCACACUAGCAACAUCGUUGGUGUUUUACCUAUAUAUUUCCAACUAUAGUAUAAGACCAGUACUGUACCAGGCAUAUAUUUUAAUACAUGUCAUCAUGCUACGCCAAAUCUAUCAUAAAUCAUCAAAAUUGCGUCAAAUCAGUUUCAUAGUAUCAAAAACUCCCGACGCAUUACGUCGGGUUUUUGUAGUGUAGUAUGUUGCUGGUCAAAAAAAUAUGUACCAUGAAUAUGAAAUGAUUAGAUUUGACAGACGUGGCGUGACUUGGUGACGUUUAGAUAAUGUGUUUCUACCAUAAAGCUUCGGGCAAAUUGAGGCGAAUUCAGCGCGUAUAAUUAUCUAUCGUAACUACAUUUCGUGUGCCGCCCACGGAAUUUUCUGUGUAAAGCCGCUUAUUUUAAGUUUGGGUUACUAUUCCUCGUUCACACCCUAAUAUCGUCCAACCGCAAAUGUAUUAAAAUAAAAACUUGGACACAUAUUCCGCGUGGAAUUCGCCUCAGUGUAACCAUAGCUUAAGAGCCCAGGAUGAUAUUAGAAUGGUAAACAAAAAGGCCCUAGUGUGGCAUUACUCUUAUUACAACCGUAUUAUAGUGUCCAUUAGUACAGAAGCGCGCUGGCAGAGUAAAAUAAUACAAGUUAAAUAUAAUGCGAUACCUAGGAUUACAUGAACUUAUUUGUAACUGUAAUUGUAACGAGUAAAGAAUAUAAAUAUUAAAUAAUUAUAUUAUUAUACUUUAAAACAAAUAUUUGUAACAAGUUAUAUCGAUAGGCGAUCGGCGUUGUUUUUCCUUAGCUUAAGAUUAUCACUUCAGAUUUGAUUUCCAUAGAGUGUGUUGGUGCGGUUGAGAAGGUUACUGUCUGUUUGGAAUGAGGGAAAGAACUGGGACCCGUAGGUCGAUUGCGGAAAACCUGUUUUGUUGUGAUUAGCUGACUUUAUGGUAUUCUUGUUGCAACAAUGCAUUGUAGCCCGGAUUUUGGUCUACAAUGUCACGACCACAAUUCUCUAAUUGGUUGACGCUCGCUCACUGUUGGCUACAAUGCAUUGUUGCAACAAGAAUAGCAAAAAUUCAACCAAUCACAGCCAUUGCGAUUGUAACCAUGAUUGAUGCAGUUUUUUGGAAUCGACCUGCAGAAGUCGUCAAUUGAUUAAUCUUAUUUAUCAUCUUAUGAUACAUUUACAUGCUUAUCAUCAUUGUUAUUUUGUAUACAAUACCACUGAGUUACGGAAUAGUUAUGCAGAGUCUAUUCCAUAUAGACAGUAACUGAGACAUGAGUUUUGUGUUCGUAUAAGUGCAAGGGCUGUGAAAUCCCACAUUUGAAUAAUAUAUCAUAAGAAUACAGAAUACAUACAUAACUAAUCUAUAGUUUGGAAAUAAAAGUAGAAAGGUUUUUAUUCAAAAAACUUUUACAAUUUCGUUCGUUAUACCCUUCCUACCUGCUACCGAAAAGAACCAGCAAUAAACUCCGCGUUUAAAACAGGUAAUAAAUGAUCGCGCUUUAGGCCUUUACAUAGUCUGAAGACGGUCUUCCACUUGUCCCAAUUUGUGUUUCUCGGAUCAGAUCGUUUUACUGACAUCUUCUUGUUGCUUUGGCGGCUAUGCAGGGCACUUCAGAUCCUGCAUCACUUUGACCGUUGCCGAUCUAUUGUGAUCGCCACCGUUUUACUGGCAUCCUAAUUCAUUCCAAAAAACUCGAUUCGUCCUUUUUCGGGAAGUUCAUCCCCUGCAGUCAUAUGGAUACGAAACUCUUUUGCUUUGGGUCCGUUCAAAAUAAUGAAGCUGUUUAAAAUAGUUUUUCAGUGUAUUGAAUUGCUAGUACAGAUGAUAUCAUCUUAUUAUGAUGCAUUUACAUGUUAUGUUCAGAAUAUAAGGCUCAAGGCAGAUUGACACAGAACCAUUGCAAGAGCAGUGGUGUGCCUUUUCUCAAAAUAUUUCAACAGAACUCAAUUCCAAUGUUUAAUGAACAACUCAGCGUGGCAAAUUGGACUGACUUCUCCAUUAUGUUAUAGACAAGUCUGCGCGAAACGAAUUCGCCCCGAGUGCGAACGGGUAAAAAGCCUAGUCCAGACGAAAUGAAGGCAUAAAUCCGAGCACACCUAGACUUUGCCUAAACUUAAGACAGAAUAAAACGAGACAAACAUAUCUCUACAUAAGUCUCUUGUUUUAAAUCAGACAUUAGCCUUAGGAUGAGAUCUAUAGAGCGUACUUAAACUUUGCCUGGAUUUAACCGGAUUACCGGUGUGGCUUAUGCAAGGGAGCGCAUCAAGCUGGACACUGUUAAAACGAGACAGUGUUAUAUCGCUGGUGUAAUUUUGUCUCGUUCUAACUGUGUUUAGUCUGAACUCCUUACAAAGUCAAAGUACGCUAUAAAGAUCUUAGCCUUAGUGUUCUUUGGAACAUUAUAAAAUAGACGCGUCGCUUCGCUUCGAGUCUGCGUUAAUGUGUCAUGAGCCUUAACCACCGAAAGCAGCUCCAUUGUUUUGACAAGACCUCUGUAGGCUUAGCGCGCGUUUGCACAUUUUGAUAACGUCGAUAGAUUUUGAGUAAAGUAACACUUUAACAUCAAGAGUAAAAUAGACCUAAAUUCCAUUGCUUUAAAGUUUUAUUUCAUCCAUACCUCUAAAAUCAGUGCUUCAAGCGGCAUUGUAAUACGUAAAUACGUAUUGAAUAAGCGACUUUAAGACAAUGACGUUUUAGUCCAUUUUACUCCAUAGAGAUUUGAUGUUUGUGAUCCUUCGUUUUCGAGAUGUGCAGUCGUUCUGAGGGUAGUUGAUGGAAAACGUGUAGAUAUUAUCUAGGAGUAUCAUAAAUUCUAAAGCAUUGCUCCGCUCUACGUGUAUGUUUGUAUGAAUCAAAUUGUUUAUUGUAUUAUAAAGAAAUUAUAAUUAUAAUAUUAUUUGGAUAUACAUUUUUUUUUCAUUUUAUCUCAAAUCGUCGGAUUGGCUUCUCCAUUGUCUUGUAUAGGUAGGUGCCCACGUACGUGAAUUUUCCAUGUUUUUUUAUCUGUGUGCGUACUCGUAAGAUGCAAACCUGGUAGAAUUUUGUAGUAAAAAACUUGGCUGAACAGCUGUCAUGAUUAAAAAACAUGUCAUUCUAUUAUAUUGGUACUAAUUCGAGUGUACACGAUCUCUCAACAAAUCUAAAAUACUCUUGUGUAUUCUAAAAGUAAUGGUAUCCUGUUUCAAAAUAAACGUUGUGAUAAGGAUAGCACUAUUUUUUAAACCUAUCCGUUAAGGAGAUUAUGUACAAUUGAGUUAGACUGAUUCCUUUCCAUAUUUUUUGAAGACCUGAAUUUAUUUAAAUCUUUUUUUUAUUAGUGAACCUUUUUGAUUAAAUUCUAGCUUUCAAGGUCUUUUAGAUCCAGAGAUUAAGUUAUCAAUUUGGCUUUAUUAUUCAGUGUAUCGGUUGCAUAUGCAUAUAAAUUAUAUUAAAUCGAUCUUUCCUAAUCUUACAUAAAGUUAAGUGACCGCUUCUCGCGUAAGCGACACGCUUAUGCACGGUGCUUAAAGACGUUUUUACCACGACAUGAAAUCAAUACAAUCAAACUUUAGAAAGCCUUGUCGCUUACGCGUUCUUCAAAAAACCUACUUGCGUUAAUUUUUAUGCAAGAUAAGGAAAAAUAGAGUGUAUAAUUUUGCCGAAGAAUUCCCACUUUCACAUUUUCCUCGUUUUCUUCAAUGAUACCACCCAAACUCAUGUAAAUUGCAUUUAAAUUUUUAUGUAAAAGUUGUAAAUUUAAAAAAAAAACGAUAAUCAUCAUCGUCAUCAUCAUCAAUAAAUAUAUUGUUCUAACAUUGUAGCAAAGUAAUAUUUAGUUGUUAAUAUAAUAAUAAUUAUUAUUAUACAUAAUAUAGUUUUCUUUAUGGUUGGGUAAAUUAAAUCGCUGUAUCUAAUUUAAAAAAAAAAACUAAUAAAUUUUGCAAAAUAAAAAUCUGUGAAAUGAAUUUAAAAAAUCACAAUAUUUAUUGUAAUAAUAAUAUGUUGUAUGAUUAUAAAUUCAAUAUAAUAUAUCAGUGCUUUGUAUACGUUAAUUUAAGCUAAAAAAUAAAAAUCCUGCAAAGAACUUGUACCCCAGCUCUAUAAUAAAUAGACUCAGAAAGGUUAGAAGAUAGAUCUUAGAAUCCAGCACUCAUAGUCCAAGAAAAUUUGUAGAAAAAAGUAACCUUUAAGCACUAGUCACACAUCUAUUUGUGCCUUAUGCCAAACUGCCGACAAUGCGCAAUUGAAUGUGUUGUGUCAUGUUUACAUACAAAACCGUUAGGGUGCGUUUCCACUGGGGCGGAGUGGAGCGGAAAGGAACAGUGAAAAGUAGAAAGUGUUUCCAUUGAAGCGGAGCGAGGUGGAUCGGAGCUGAGCUGUGCUGUUUCGAUCAGUCAAAUUUGUUUACCCUACUCGCCGCGCCGUACUUUUUCGCUAGUCUCCACUUCGUGCUCUCCGCUCGGCACUGCUCGACUCCGCUCCGCUCCACUUGCAUAGUUUCCACUGAUGCGGAGUGGAGAUUUCGGUCACUGUGAUUGGCCAAUUCACGCUCCGCUUCGCUCCACUCCGCCCAACUCCGCGUCAGUAGAACCGCAGUCUUGAGCGCCCCGGCACGUUUUUGUGUGACUUGUGCUGGAGCAGUACACCUCAGAAGUUGAGAAAUUGGGAGUGAAAUCUUAAAGAUUAGAGUAAAUCCUCACACACCAUUAAAUAAUGGUGUGCAAAAUGUUUGUUUUAAAAAAAAUACACUGACCUAGUAAAGGAAGAAGUACCUAUAUAUAAAUUCAAACCAAGUGAGUAGUUUAUUUUAUGUCAAUACACUAUUAUUUAUUUAUUAAAAUUGAAUUUUAGUAAGAUAAUUCUCCUAAAGCUUUGUGUAUUCUCUGGAGUUUCUGUACCUUACUACUACCUUACUACCUUGUUUUAAAGCUAGAACUCGUCCACACAUCUACAGGAAGCGCUCCAUGCGUAUACCUUGCGUAGUUAAAAUCGGUGGUACUGAAUUUUCGACUUUAAACGAUAGACAUUUAGAUUCAUUUUACUCACUAUAGUGUAUUGACAACCGAAUUUUAUCUUUGUAGAUGGAAAAUCCUAUAUUAAGCCUCUAGGCUCCAUAUACAACUUCUAGGAGCAGGGCAUAGUGAACGCGUUUCCAUCGCGCGUUGUGUGUGCUCUUAGCUUUAUACUAUCUUUACAAUGUAUCCUAAAUGUACAGUGGAACAUACACUAAUCUUGUACGAACGUCCAAAUUGUACUGAUUCAAUAAUCAUAAAUUGAACGUUAAUGUAAAGAACGAAUUGAACUGAAUUUCCCCACUAGUACAUUUAUAUGGAACACGUACGUUUCGGAAAAGAUACGUCGCUUUACUGCAUUCUACGUCAAUGUGACUUGAUCCUAACAGUCGGUUUAUGGUCAGUUUUAUAAACCUAAUCAACGUAGAUACAUAAUUGUUGUACCUAUGUUAUUUAUUGGCUUAAAAGUGUUGAAUUUGUCAAAUAUUUUACGUGAAAAGUGUAACUUAAUGAUCGAGGCAAAACGUACCAAUAUGUGCAAUACAUUGUAAGCUUAUCCAAGAUAGCCGCUUCCAGCUACUUAUAUAUUUAUAUGAUUUAUUGGGUUAUUCCGUUUAUCCACCCUAACAUGUAACAUGUGUCCGUCUGUCCACCCUGGACUGAAAAUUCGUCGUUCUAGGUGGAUAUACGAGCGCUUGUUUCCGAGUGUACACUCAAGGGUGGCUGUUUUAGGGUGGAUAUACGGAAUAACCCAGUUUAUUUUAUGAUCAACAAUAAAAUAGGUGUAUGGGAAUUUUCAAUAAGAUUAGACGAUUGAGAUUAACGCCAGCUGCAUUAUCAGAAAUUGUCUGAAUGAGGUAGUCCGCAUGCUGCUUAUACAUUUUGUAUUAGACCACGCACACUGUUAGAAUUAUGCCGGAUCGAACGUACGCUUAUUUUAUGUUAAUAGUGUGAAGGCUGCAAAAUUUUCUAACUGACAAUGUCAACUUGUACACAAUCUCUGAACUAAAAUUACAGUACUAAAUAUAUUGUUAUCCCUUUCAUAACGCUUCCUGCGGAAAAGGAUAGCAUUAGAUUUACACCUGACAGUUUAGUUUAGAGACUGUAGGAAGUAAGCCACAAUUUCUGAUAAUAUCCAGUGGCUUAUUGGUUGGUGGUUGAUGUAUUGACAUGGUUAUAUUUUAAGAAAACUGCUGUUUUACUGAGAAGUGUAAAUUAAUAAAUAAUAAUGCUACCUUUCUCAAAUCUCAAUAAAUAUCUUCAAUAAUCUGAUCGGUCUGUUGAACACGUCUUCACACCGCUCCGCUUCAAUGGAUGUCUGUAACUGAGCGGAGUGGAGCGGACCAGUCAGAUUACUGAUAGAUCAUAUUGUGAUACUUUUAUCAAGCCAGUUUUUGUCAUUGUUGUAUUGAACACGUCUCCGCUUCAAUGGACAGACACACUAAGAUUGAGAUCUGUAGAGCGCACUUCGAUUUUGCUCAGAUUUAAGACACUGAUAAAAUGAGAACGUUAUAUCGCUAACAUAAACCUGUCUCGUUUUAACUAAAACUUAAGUCUGAGCAAAGUCAACGCUCAGUAGAUUUCAGACUACCAAGUCUGUGAAAUGUAAAAUACAUUCUAUAAACGGAAGCGGUUAAAUAGUAGUUUCAGUAUAGAAUAGAGUAGAAGUUAACUCUUGUAAUCGUGAAGUAAGGUGAAUCAUACAACAGCGGGAGGGGUCGUUGAUCAAGGUCAUAUAGUAUGUUUUUGUAAUGUGUAAAUAUUUUGGAUUUAUUAAGAUUAUUAUAUUGAAUAAAAAAAUAUUGUAAAUGAUA